CACUGUUGGGCAGGUGAUGAGCAGUGCCUGGUUUCCUCCAGACAUGACACGUAGAAUCGAAGCUCAAAAGUUUAAAUUUGGUUUCCUCAGACCAGAAAAUCUUGUUUCUUACAGCCCGAAAGUCCUUUUAUGUGCUUUUUGUAUACUCCAGAAGAAUGGCAAAGACACGGCUACUAGUGGAUGUGGACUGUGGUGUGGAUGAUGCUCAGGCUUUGAUGAUGGCUCUGGCAGCACCAGAAGUUGAGGUCCUAGGAAUAACGUGUUGCUUUGGGAACACAACUAUCGAUCAUGUCUGUAGGAAUGUCCUGCGAGUUCUUCAAGUGUGUAACAGAAUGGAGAUUCCUGUGUUUCGUGGUGCAUCUAAUUCACUUUUGGGAGAGAUCAAUCCUAAGUUUUCUCAUUUCGGAGGUGAUGGUUUGGGAGAUGCAGAAGAUCCAAACAGCCCAGGACUAGAAUACUUACAGAAGGAAGAUGCUGUGCAUGCUCUCAUAAGGAUCAUCAAUCAAAAUGAAAGUCAAAUAAACCUGGUAGCGUUGGGGCCCUUGACUAAUCUGGCGUUGGCAGUCAAAAUAGAUUCAAGCCUCCCAAAGAAGCUAAAUAAGCUGUACAUAAUGGGAGGAAACACAGAAGGCAGAGGGAACAGGACAACUUGUGCAGAAUUUAAUUUCUACAUGGAUCCAGAAGCUGCUUAUAUUGUAACAAAUGAGUUUACAUGUCCCACGUUUAUUGCUGCUCUGGAGUUCACCCGUGAAAACUUCCUAACCACGGAAUAUUUCAAUAACUGGGUAAACCAGGACACAAAGAAAGCCAAAUUUAUGAAGAAGAUCACAGCAAAGUGGCCUCAGAAACAAUAUUUUGUCUCUUACGACUCAUAUGCUAUGGCUGCAGCAAUUGAAGAUAAUAUUAUCACAGAAUAUAUGACAUGUGCUGUGAGUGUGGAACUUCAUGGGAGAUACGCCAGAGGCAUGCUGGUCCUGGACACAGACGAUAAGUGGAAGAAGGAGCAUAAAGCUUUACUAAUGAAGAAAUGUAAUUUAGACCUCUUUAAAGAAAGACUAUGGAAUGCUCUUCUAUAAGAAGUAACACAUUAUGAGAAAAGUAAUAAACCUUUUGUUUGAGUAACUUUUUUCUUUUUACAACGACUGCACAUGUAUUCUAAAAAUGUAGCUUAUGUACAGGAUAUAAUAUAUCUGAAUAAAAAGUUAUAUAA